GUGGCGGCCUCGGUUGCGACAAGCACGACAGAGAAUACUGGCAAUUGCCAGUUUUAUAGAUAUUCAGUUCUUUCUGCAGAUGGUGGAGGAUCCGCCAGCGAAGGCUACUCGAUUGCUCCAAUUGCAAGCCCAAGAACAAGCAGGAGUUAGAGUAGCGCGGCCAGUGGUUGAAGAGGAAACCCAAACGGCGCAAGCACGCGUAGCACCAGUAGUUGGAGGACCGGGCUCGGGUGAAGACAGCAGCGAGAAAAUGCUAGAACUGGAUAGCACACACCCACAACUAGAGGACGCACAGGGCUCGGGUAGAGAGAGCAGCAAAACGCUAGCGCUAGGAGUGCAGACACGACGAAUACCUCAACUUACAGCUAAAACGUUUCACUACAGUGAGGAACUGAAGCGUGCUUUCAGACUCUCCAGUGAACGGCUGUCGGAUUUGGAGCUGUUUUCAGAGCAUCCCGAAUGGUGGAUUCCGCGAAGCCUUGGAAAAAGGUCAUCUCCAUCUGCACACACCGCAGAAGCUUUGGUUGCUGAGCGACACAGUAAGCACUAUGACCAAAAUAGCCAGUUCUUCCAUCAAAGUACAACAACAACCAGCGAUCUUGCGGCAAAACGACAGGAGGGUCGCGCGGGUGCUGAAGGAGCAGCAGACCCGUUGCCUUCAAAAAAGGCAACAACUGCUCCAACGACUAGCAGAGCUGUCCUGUAUAUCAUGUUUUUCAAUAAAGGGUCUGGGAAGGACGUGUUAAAGGCCUUACCAGGACUAUCGGACCCGUAUGAAUUCCUCAUGUACCUCUACGGCAUGGCGCCCAACUUCAAUCCGACUGAAAUAGCGUACUUCAAUUCCACUGUCCGUCGUCUCAUAACCUUUAGUCAUGAGGAUCAAACGCUCGACUUGGACGGGAGGUAGGCGGGUGCCUAGUAGAUGUAGAGUGUACUUAGUACUAAAAGGAUGGAGAUGAAAUUUACGAUCAGAACUUCAGGCUCAGGGACAGGGAUGAAUUUCGAAUGUAAGCAGUCAGUAUACGCACGGCCACGGAAUAGAGAAUCAUAAUCAUUAUCAUUUUUACCAAAACCAACAGGUAGAAUGAUUCACAUUCAUCUACUUAUAACCAACCCACAGCUUCAUCAGCUUUUUGGAUUAUGAAAACCAAGUAUCUUCACAACUGUCGCAACCUGAAUCGUAGCAAAGUCAUCAAAGAGCACCACAAUCACAAAUCAUCGAAAUCACGCCACAAGCACAACAUCCACACCAUCACCACAACUGUAAUCAAUGGCAUGUAUCCUGAGUCAACUUCAAGUACAGUAUGG